AUGUUAUCCUUUUUAUUGAUCCUUUCAUUCAGCAAAGUUGUUGUCUUGACAGAUAAGAACUUUACAAGUACAGUAGAAAAUCCCAAUAGAGUACCAUUGUUCGUCAAGUUUUGGGUUACUUGGUGUGAACAUUGUAGAGAAUUCGCUCCAACAUGGGAAAAUUUCUCAGAAUACAAUUUAAACAUUACAGUUGCCGAAAUAGAAUGCGAAAGCAAUAAGAAUACAUGUAAAGAAUUCGCUUCUGGGGGAUAUCCACAAUUAAAAUGGUUUGAUCCAGGAAAUAGUACUCCAAUUCCAUAUACAAGUGGCAGAAGUAUAAGAUAUCUAACACAGUUCACCAAUAAACAACCUCAUGCACCAUUACAAUUCAUCGAAUUUACAGAUAUUGGGAAAAUGGUGAACGACAACAAGAUCACCUCCAACUUUAUAUUCACUUUCAAUGGAACAGAAGAUCAAGAAAUUACAACUAUCAAGCAAAUUGCUACAAAUCUCAGAGAAUAUCCAAUCAAUUUCUUCGCAAUUUAUAACGAAACUGCUGACUUAUCACUGAUGAUUUAUAAUGGAAAUACAUUUCCAAUUGUUUACAAUGGCAAUUGGUCAUUGAAUGAUGUGAAAAUUUUCAUUAUUGAUCAUGCCUUUCCAGUUUUCUCAAAUUUGAGCGGAAUUGUUGCCCAAUUUUAUUUAGACUAUAAAAGUCCAUUCUUGGCGUUUAUAAGUAAUGAAGAUAUGACAGAUUUGAGUUUAACAAUCGCAAGUAACUUAUCUUAUUCAAUGCCAAUAGUUACAGCUUACUGUGAGAGAAUCCAGUACUUUUGUAGGUAUACAGGUGCUGAUAAAGGAAAAGUUAGAUUCGUAGUUUGGAAUAAAUCUAAGAGAUUAUUUUGGACUUUAGGAGAUGAUACAGAUAUUAAUGAAGCCAAUGUUUGGAUUAAAUCUGUUAAAGAUGGUACUUUACCUGGAAAAGGACCAGGGGAUGGAAUUUUCUCGAGAAUUACUUCAUAUUAUUAUGAUUCUUAUGCAGAAGGAGUCCACCAAUUUGCACAAGCAAUACUUUUACCACCUUUAGUUGUAAUAACAGUCAUAAUAAUGAUUCUUGACGCAAAAGGAAAAAUUCGAACAAAAAAUAUUCCUCAAGAGAAACCAAAAACUGAAUAA